GUGCGUGCAGUGCGUAGGUAUUAAGAUAGGUAGGUAGGGCGGGCAUAUCAUGGAUGAUGAAGAUGGUGCGGAGAGGCGGAAGAGUGCGGCGGGGAAGCGGAGGGCAGCAGCGGAGGGGAUGCAAGCUCCCUGCGGCGCGUGCAAGUUCCUGAGGAGGAAGUGCGUGAGCGGAUGCAUAUUCGCCCCGCACUUUGCCUCCGAUCAGGGCGCUGCCCGCUUUGCCGCCGUUCACAAGGUCUUCGGCGCCAGCAACGUCUCCAAGCUCCUCCUUCACAUCCCGCCCAACCGCCGCCACGACGCCGUUGUCACCAUAUCUUACGAGGCCCAGGCCAGGCUCUCCGACCCCGUUUACGGUUGCGUCUCCACCAUUCUUGCUUUGCAGCACCAG